AUGGCUAUUCAGUCGCAGUCGACUGUAUCGCUACCUACAUUAGUUACACAAUCGACCCAAAGCCUGCUGAAUAGACGUGUAUCCACCGAGGACUCGCUGUAUCAUAUAUGCUUGACUGUACGAAAACGCUUGGAACUUUUGCCCCAGAUCAAACCCUACUUGAAUCUCGCACACUCGAGUAGCGAACUAUCCAGUGAACGACAGGCUCUUUUGCUAUCUCAGAAGCAGCAAUUAAAUCAACAACAUCAUCGAAGUGUUGGGUCUCAAACAAGCAGUGUAUCCAAUGGGAAUGGCACCAAACAGGGAUCCGACCGGCGUAUCAGCGCGCUGUCAACCAAUAGCUACUCUGACGAACAAGAUACCUCCAACCUUAGCAUAGAAGAAACGGUCGUAACAUUUAGCAUGGGUAUCUUACCUAUUUCCAUGGACUGUGAUCCAGUCACUCAGCUCUCACAUCUUUUCCAACAAGGUUCGCCGCUGUGCAUUAUCUUCAAUGCUGUGAAGCCGCAAUUUAAGCUUCCAGUAGUGUCGUCGGACGAUCUAAAGAUCUGCAAAAAGUCAAUCUACGACUUCAUUUUAGCAUGCAAAAAAUACUUCACGUUUAGUGACGAGGAACUUUUCACCAUUUCCGAUGUCUUUUCUAACGCGACAGACCACUUCAUUAAAGUACUAGAUGUGGUAAUCACACUCUUAGACUCCGCUCCUCAAGUUUUUCCACAAGUUCCUGUAGAAGAAGUUAAAUGGUCGAACACAGAUCAAGGGAAAAUUGUACGGGAAUUCGUUGAAACUGAAAGAAAAUAUGUCUAUGAUCUGGAAAUUUUGAAUGAAUAUCGAAACCAGCUUUUACAGCGCGGUAUCAUCAGCUCUGAAGAACUUUACAUGCUCUUUCCAAAUCUUAAUGACAUCAUUGAUUUUCAAAGACGAUUUCUGAUAUCGUUAGAGAUUAAUGGCCAAGUCGAACCUUUCAAACAACGAAUUGGAGCCUUGUUUAUGCAUUCUAAACACUUUUUCAAACUUUACGAACCUUGGUCAAUUGGGCAAACAGCAGCUAUAGACUUCAUAUCAUCAAGUUUCGACAAAAUGCAAAGAUCUGAUUUCGUCAUUGCCAAUAAGCUUGAGCUGCAAUCAUUUCUUUUAAAGCCAGUUCAAAGACUUUGCAAAUAUCCGUUGCUUUUGAGAGAGCUUUUACAACAAUCUAACAACACUGCGAAUUGUAAAGAGCUCGAACUGGCAUGGGACAUCUCAAAAAGUAUUGCUCGCAACAUAAACGAAAAUCAAAGAAGAACUGAAAAUCACGAAGUAGUCAAAAAGCUAUAUGAUCGUGUUGUAAACUGGAAAGGCUAUCGAAUCGCCAAGUUCGGGGAGCUUUUAUAUUUUGACAAGGUUUCGAUUUCUACAGGUAAUCCAAACGAAACUGAGCAUGACUUUGAAGUUUAUCUGUUCGAAAAGAUCAUAAUCCUUUUUAGCGAAGUGGUUCAAAAAAAGGGUAAUAGUAUUUCCCUCAAGAAAAAAUCCAGUUCUGCAUCAGCAUCUACCUUACAUCUGUCUGUUAAUGGGAUCGGUAGCUCUAGUCCGUCCGGAAGUUCCGGCGAACCUAAGUUAGAUUUGAGAGGAAGAAUUAUGAUUGUCAAUCUAAACAAAAUUACUCCUAUUGAUAGCCGCUGUUUGAAUAUCAUCUGGGAGUCUCCUAAAGAGCAGGGCAAUUUCGUUCUAAAAUUCAAAAACGAAGAAACGAGAGAUAGUUGGAGCAGUAGUCUUCAAGUUCUGUUACGACAAGUUCGCAGUGAAUCACUGAAAAGUAACAAUAGUAACAGUGAUCGGUCAUCGCUCUCUUCUAACAACUAUUUUCCACAUAACAGCAUGAACUCUUUGAACAGCAACCAAAACAGAAGAAUAUCUGACGUGCUGCCGAGAUUCCACACUCAUCAAUCGUUUGAAAAUGAAUACAGAUCUAUUUCCGAAAAUUACAGAGCGUCAAUCCCCGAAACCACCCUUUUGGUGAGAAUUUCGUUUCAGAAUGAUUUCUAUACAGUUUUGGUGGAAAUUAACUCUGGAAUCGAAAACCUUUUACAAAUUAUAAAAAGAAAACUGACACACGCUGGAACCAUCACGAAGAUAAAAUACCAAGAUGAAGAUGGCGAUUAUGUGAUGCUGGAAAGUGAAGACGAUUGGAGUGUGGUGAAAGAUAUGUUAAGGGAGAGCAGUGACCGCAUUCUAAAUGUUUGGGCAUAUUCGUAA